AGCCAUUUCAAUGUAGCAACCUUCAAAUUUAAGAUUGUCGGAGCCACAACAACAAAUUUACUAUUUUCUUUAUUUCUGCAGCGCUUGAGGUGGAUAACUGAUACACCACGUCAUCACGUACAACAAUCUACCUGUGGACCACUCUCUGAGCUUAUUUUUCUGAACUCUGCUCACUGUGAAUUUCAGAACAACUGCUUUUUCACAAAGUAAAUAAAAUAAAGUUAAAAAGUAUGGACCACCUGCUACCGAUUCUUUCUGAGGAGGAAUACGCAGCUGAAAUCGAAUUGUGUGAUAAGGCCGAAGAUCCGGAUGAAGUAGACAAUGUGAUAAAGAGAUGGUUGAGACUAUAUUUACCCGCAUUGACGCCUGGUGAACUCACUCAGGAAUCCUUAGAUAUUAUUAAAUGCAGAGUUACACAUACGGAGAUAAUGACUAAACUUUCAAGAAGAUAUAGAAGAUUGAUGGAGGACCAAAAAAGCUCUACCAAUCAAUUAAAUGUCACUGCAAGCGACACAAACACGACACAUGCUGAACCAAGUACAAGUAGCUCCUGCGCCACAGCACCCCCUGCACACAGCACAAGUACACCAACAUUUAACCCCCCACCAACCACGGCAAGUUCAUUGCCUAUGCAAAUACCAAAUUUGCCCACUACAAGUAGUUCCAGCGUCAUAGCACCCCCUGCACACAGCACAGGUGCACCAACAUUUAACCCCCUACCACUCGUGGCAAGUUCAUUGCCCAUGCGAAUACCAAAUUUGCCCACUACAAGUAGUUCAAGCGUCAUAGCACCCCCUGCACACUGCACAGGUACACCAACAUUUAACCCCCCACCACCCGUGACAAGUUCAUUGCCUAUGCAAAUACCAAAUUUGCCCACUACAAGUAGUUCCAGCGUCAUAGCACCCCCUGCACACAGCAUAGGUACACCAACAUUUAACCCCCCACUACCCGUGGCAAGUUCAUUGCCUAUGCAAAUACCAAAUUUGCCCCCUACUGACGACUGUGAGUACACAGUGAUUGGUCCGAAUGGCACAACGGUAUCCACCAGAGUUUUCCAAGACAUAUCAUUUAAGGAGCCGACCGUGGCCACGCGCAGCUUGCUUUGUUUGGUCUUCACGGAAGAGGUCUUGGCGAGAAAUACACUCAGCGGUAAGCCCUCACCAGCAUUUAAGGGUCGUGAACGUCCUCUUAAGGGACAACUAGAUCCGGACAAAGUUUCAGAUGUCAUACAUUGUAUUGCAUCGCGCACAGAUUUCACUGAAAAGAAUGUUCGCACCGUAAUCACCGCAAAAUGUUCGGAUAGCACAAAGAAGAUAAAGAAACUUAAGCGGAAGCAAGAAUAGAAGCCACGGUGGCUUGGUAGCCACAAAUUAUAUGUUAAAUUUUUUUAUAAGGAAUCGGUUUUAUAUUUUAUUUUAUGUU